AUGAGGAGGGAUGUUCGCAUUUUGCUUGUGGGAGAUGAGGGUGUUGGUAAAAGUACCAUUGUCACCUCUCUCAUCAAGGAAGUCUUCGUUGCACAUGUUCAACAUGUCGUUCCAGAGGUCACCAUUCCACCAGAGGUGAACCCAGAGAACGUGACCACUUAUAUUGUCGAUUCAGGAGCUGGCCCACAAGACCGACAGCAUCUCGAAUCGGAAGUCCGCAAAGCACAUGUUAUUUGCGUGGUAUACUCAAUCGACAACCCUCACUCAUUUGAUCGAAUUCCUACGUAUUGGCUUCCCUUGUUUCGUCAAUUAGGCGUCAACGUCCCUGUGAUCCUUGUCGGAAACAAGAUCGACCUAAGGGGUGGUGAGGUCACUAACGAAGCCUUGGAGGAAGAGAUCAUACCCAUUAUGAAUGAGUUCAAGGCAUUCGAGACAUGCGUUGAAUGCUCCGCUCAGCUGCCGUUGAACGUGUCGGAGGUCUUCUACUUUGCUCAGAAAGCGGUCUUGCAUCCCACUGCUCCUCUUUAUGACUCCAGGGAACAUGUCCUGAAACCCGCUUGCGUCAGCGCCUUGAAACGAAUAUUCAAGCUCUGUGAUGCAAACAAGGAUGGUGUUUUGGAUGCUGCAGAGCUGAAUGAAUUCCAACGAAAAUGCUUUGACGCGCCAUUACAGCUCCAGGAGCUUGAAGGCAUCAAGGAUAUGGUUCGCGAACAUGCAGAGGGAGGUGUGCGAGACGACGGGUUGACUGAGGCUGGAUUUUUAUACCUGCAUACAAUAUUUAUUCAACGCGGAAGGCUGGAGACAACAUGGGCUGUUCUCCGCAAAUUUGGUUAUGCAGAAGACCUGCGACUCACUGAGCCAUUCCUACUCCCAAAAUUCGACGUGCCCCAUGACUGUUCUGUUGAAUUGAGCCCUCAAGGAUAUCAAUUCUUCACCGAUAUCUUUGAAACUUUCGACAAGGAUCAAGAUGGUGCACUCAACAGCGCAGAACUGGAAGAGCUAUUUAGUACUUCCCCAGGGAAUCCAUGGGAAAUUCAGAAAUUCCCGGACACGACCCUAGUGGAUGAUAAAGGUGCGGUCACUCUGCAAGGCUGGCUUGCUCAAUGGAGUAUGACCACUCUCUUAGAUCACAAAACCACUCUCGCAUACCUUGCCUAUCUUGGAUACCCUGAUGAACAACGCACAUCUGCAUUACUAACGACACGUCCCCGCAAACUUGACCGCCGGAAAGGCAAAGUUUCCCGCAACGUUUUCCUAUGUUAUGUUUGUGGUGCGGCUGGUUCAGGCAAGACGUCUUUACUGCGAUCAUUCGCUGGGAAGCCAUUUCGUGAGGCCUACGAGCCAACUAGUAAGAUGGUGAGCGUAGUUAAUGCGGUGGAUAUUGAUGGGUCAGAAAAGUACCUCGUGCUUCAGGAAUUUGGAUCUAAAUAUGAGGCAGAAACGCUUCGCGCGUCGAAGAAGACGGAUCUUGCUGACGUCAUUGUCUACGUGCAUGAUUCCAGUGAUACUAACUCGUUCUCUUACAUCAGUAAUCUACGGCAACAAUACACUCUCGACCACACACCGACCCUGUUCGUUGCGACAAAGUCGGACUUGGACCUUGCACAACAAAGACACGAAGUUCAGCCCGACGUAUACUGCAGACGGCUUGGCCUUCAGGUACCUGUCGCUGUCAGCGUCAAAACCGGACAGACCGCAGACGUUUUCCACGCAAUAUGCAGCAUUGCCAUGAAUCCUCACGCGGCAAUACCCGGAGGGGCAGAUCGUGCGAUGACAGCAUCAGAAAAGCUGCGUGUUUACGUGGCGUUUACUGCGCUACUGGGGGGCGUCAGUGCGGGUCUCGUGAUGCUCUACAGGAGUCUCCUACGACAGGAGAUUCUUCCUAGUUGGACAACGCCUUGGGCUACAUGGCUAUUGGGCAGAUGGGAUCCUUGA